GCUUCUGGUGACGAGAGCUCCGGCAGGGAUCUACCUGCCGAGCAGAAGAAGAGGGAGAACAUGGCGCUGCAGGCAGAUGUGAUCAGUGAUGCUCCUCCUGAGCUGCACCAGCGCUCAGUGCGAAUCUUCAAGCCAGCCAAGACACCAAACUCUUCUGGAAAGGCAGGCACGAACCACUGGCGAGUGGACUGGGAUAUCCUACAAGGUUCUGCUCGUUGGGAGAACCCCCUCAUCGGCUGGGCCUCUUCGGCCGAUUAUAUGCAAGGUACUUCGCUCAAGUUCCGUACACGAGAAGAUGCGAUUCAUUUCUGUGAGAAGCAAGGGUGGGACUACCUCGUCACAGAGCCUCAUUAUGCUCGCAUUGGCGUCAAAUCGUAUGCGGCCAACUACCAGCACUCCCCUGGGAAGCUGCGCAUC